GCUAUACAAUAUAUUACAUAUAUAAACAGUAGCGAAGAUAUUUCUUUAGCUGAGAAAUGUUUUGGGCUUGCUCUGCCUUCACACAAUAAGGAUCACGUGACAUUAAACAGGUCAAGAUGGAGACUGAAACUGAUCAUCCCUUCAAAUCACUUUUAAAGGAGGUUACCAUUGGAGAUGAAACUUAUAAAUUCUUCAAUACAGCCCAACUAGGAAAAGACAUAAUAGACCAACUUCCCUAUUCAGUCCGUAUACUUCUAGAAUCAGCCAUUCGUAACUGUGAUAAUUUUCAUAUUCUACCUGGAGAUGUUACAAAGGUGUUAAAAUGGAAAGAGCUUCAGAAAGAGGAGGGGGAAAUUCCAUUUCGUCCCGCAAGAGUAAUUUUGCAGGAUUUCACGGGUGUGCCCACAGUGGUAGACUUUGCCAGUAUGAGAGAUGCUGUGAAAAGACUCGGCGGUGAUCCAGAGAAGAUCAAUCCUGUAUGUCAAACUGACCUGGUGAUUGAUCACUCUGUGCAAGUGGAUGUCUCACGCAGUACACCUUCCCUACAAUCAAAUCUGUGUCAAACCCCGAACCCUGGUGGCGGCAACAUGCAUGUGACGGCCGGGGAUGCUGCUCCACAGGGCCCGCAGAGGGCAGCCAGGACACCAGCAACCACAUGCAGCAGCAAAGGCACUCUUCCCCUCUCAUCACUGUCUUCAUCAACAUCGUCUUUAGCCUCAUCUAUGCCGUCCUCAUGUUACACAUGCUCACACGGCCAAUUCCCUGUCAUACACACCACUUGUCCAUUUCACGCCCAGCAAACCAAGGGUGCCGAUGCUUUACAACAAAACCAGGAGCUAGAGUUUGAGAGAAACAAAGAGAGGUUUCAGUUCUGUAAGUGGGGUGCCCAGGCAUUGAAAAACAUGCUGAUUGUCCCACCUGGGUGUGGCAUUGUCCAUCAAGUCAACUUGGAGUAUCUGGCUCGAGUCGUCUUUGUGGACAAUGGGCUUUUGUACCCUGACAGCUUGGUCGGCACUGAUUCACAUACCACUAUGAUUAAUGGCCUAGGUGUUCUAGGCUGGGGUGUUGGUGGUAUUGAAGCUGAAGCUGUCAUGCUCGGCCAGGCAUUGUCCAUGGUGCUUCCACAGGUUGUGGGCUACAAAAUCACUGGAUCACUUCAUCCUCUAGUCACUUCCACAGAUGUUGUGCUGACCAUCACCAAGCAUCUACGACAAGUAGGUGUUGUUGGCAAGUUUGUUGAGUUCUUUGGGCCUGGAGUGGCCAACCUAUCCAUUGCUGACAGGGCCACCAUUUCCAAUAUGUGCCCUGAGUAUGGGGCUACCACUGGCUUCUUUCCUAUAGAUGAAAAAACCAUAGAGUAUUUGAGACAGACUGGCCGUGAUGAAAAGAAAAUUUCCAUUAUUAAAGAAUACUUGAAAGCUAACAGCCUGUUUAGAGAUUAUCUGAAUGAAGCUGGGGACCCCCACUACUCUGAAGUGGUCCAUCUUGACCUGUCCACUGUUGUCCCAUGCUGCUCUGGUCCCAAACGCCCACAUGACAAGGUCGCUGUGUCAGAAAUGAAAGACGAUUUUAAUAAGUGUCUUACAAACAAAAUAGGUUUCAAGGGAUUAGCUAUUCCACCUGAGAAACUUAACACUACUGUCCCGUUUGUCUUUGAGAACCAAGAGUACACCUUGACCCAUGGCAGUGUGGUCAUUGCUGCCAUCACCAGCUGUACUAACACCAGCAAUCCUAGUGUCAUGUUGGGAGCAGGUCUUCUUGCUAAGAAUGCUGUUGAGGCUGGUCUUAAGGUGGCGCCAUACAUCAAGACGUCUCUUUCACCUGGCAGUGGAGUUGUUACAUAUUAUCUCAGAGAGAGCGGAGUGACAACGUACUUGGAACAACUAGGGUUUAACAUUGUGGGUUAUGGCUGCAUGACUUGUAUUGGCAACAGCGGCCCUCUUCCUGAUGAAGUCUCUGAGGCCAUAGAGAAGGGGGACCUAGUUGUUUGUGGUAUACUUUCUGGCAAUAGGAAUUUUGAAGGGCGCAUCCACCCCCUGACAAGGGCCAAUUAUCUGGCUUCUCCUCCUCUAGUUAUAGCUUACGCUCUGGCUGGGACUGUGGAUGUAGACUUUGAGAAAGAUCCUUUAGGAACUGGUUCCGAUGGAAAGCCAAUUUUCCUCCGAGACAUUUGGCCCUCGAGAGAAGAAAUCCAAGCAGUGGAAAAGGAGUUUGUUGUUCCAUCCAUGUUCCAAGAUGUGUAUUCCAGAAUUACGCAAGGUACCACAAGAUGGAAUUCUCUGGAAGCCCCAGACAGUAGCCUGUACCCUUGGGACGAGAAAUCUACCUACAUUAAAUCUCCACCCUUCUUUGAUACAAUGGAGAAAGAAGUGCCUGAAGUGAAACCAAUAGUCAAUGCUGCAGUCCUGCUGAACUUUGGCGACUCUAUAACCACUGACCAUAUAUCUCCUGCUGGAAGUAUUGCUAGAAACAGUCCUGCUGCUAAAUAUCUGGCCUCCAGAGGACUUGUACCCCGCGAAUUCAACUCUUACGGGUCCCGCAGAGGUCAUGAUGAAAUUAUGGCUCGUGGAACUUUUGCUAACAUUCGUCUAGUCAAUAAAUUUCUGUCCAAGCCUGGCCCUCGUACUUUGUACCACCCAACUGGCGAAGAGAUGGACAUAUUUGAUGCUGCACAGCUGUACAAACAGAGUAACUGCCCCCUUGUGAUUCUGGCCGGGAAAGAGUAUGGAUCAGGUUCUUCUAGAGAUUGGGCAGCCAAAGGACCUUGGAUACUUGGUGUCAGAGUUGUCAUAGCUGAGAGCUACGAACGCAUUCAUCGCAGCAACCUGGUCGGCAUGGGUAUUGUGCCUCUUCAGUACCUGGAAGGGCAAAAUGCUGACAGUCUGGGUAUAACUGGGAAAGAAAAAUUCACCAUUAAGUUGUCCAGUGACCUUCAACCUGGCCAGAUAAUUACAGUUGAGCUGGAUAAUGGAAAAUCUUUCCAGGCGAAACUUCGGUUUGACACAGAAGUGGAUCUGACCUACUUCCGUAACGGAGGCAUAUUAAACUACAUGAUUCGCAAAAUGCUGUAGUGGCACGUUAGUAUAGGAGCUAUUCAGCAUUCACAUGAUAUUUUGGAAAAUGUUCUAAUAUGUACUUACAUGUUCCAAUAAACUGUCAUUUAAAAACUUUACUUAGAUCCAAAGAAAAGGCAUUUGCAGCAUCCAAUUUAACUUUUGACAUCAAAAUAAUUGUAUUAACGAAAUUAUAUUUAUAUAUAUAUAUAUAUAUAUAUAUAUAUAAACACACACACACACGUAUAUAUAUAUACAUUUAUAACAUUUAUUGUUUUUAUGUAAUGUUAUGUCAUAUAAGGAAUACUUUAAAUUUUUAUAAUGCCCCUACAAACAGGAUAAGAAUUCAAGCUUUGUAUUGAAAACAAUGUUUUACCUCCACAACUCAAAUCAAAGUGUUAUAAAUGUAGUUUGAAGUCUUUUUCCCUUUUCUCUAUCAUUCUUUUCUCUCUAAAUGUGGCAUUAUAUUCUCUUUCUUUUUUUGUGAUCAGAUAUAUGUUAGUUCACUUUGUUUCGUUGUUUUUCUGUUCCAUAAAUUGUAGAUUAAAAAAAAAAGAGGUAACUAAUGGACAAGGUAGCAGGGAAGCAAGAAAAGAAGAAAACAUAUGUUUUGUUAAAAAGUUUCUUCUGCAAAUUUUUAAAUAAUAAGCAAUGUACGGAGACUGAACAGGUAGAAACAGAUAAGAUUAAAGCAAAAUAAACUCUUAUGCUAUGAUAUCCUACGGAUGGAAAUUGUUUCUCUUCCUCUUUGUCCAUUUAAGUCUGUUAUUUUUCUUUCUUGUUAUUUUUCUUUCUGAUGCAAUUUAUUUUUUUUCCCUUUCACUUCUCUCUUUGUUUAUGAUGUCUAUUCUUUAGGCUUGUCACUGCAGUCAAAAUAAAAUUCACUUGAGCUGUUUUAACUGUCAGAUUCUUUUGUAAAUUGUAUAUACUGUAGGGAAAUUUCAUAAUUUACAAAGAUGCUGAAAAAAACAACAAUUGAUUAAUAUGAGCAUGUUAGUCUGCUGUAAGAGGACUAUUGAAUAUGUAAGACUUUGAUAAUCAGAAAGUUUAAUUGCAUAACAAUUUAUGUAUUUAAUGUAUGUUAAGUCCUCCACGAUUUUAAAUAAUUAUUUUAUGUUAUAUUUUUAGUUUUAUUUUAUUUGUUUUUUUUUUUUUAAAUUAUAGAAACCAAUGUGGAAUGUUUUAAACAAUGUUAUGACAUGCUAGAUAUGAUUCCUAUGUUAUGAAAUGGAUAGAAUGUUCUACUUUUGAUUGUAUUUCAAAUGCAUGAAAUAAUAAAAGAACUGUGUAAAGAAAA